CUUCACACUGUCCAUAGUCUGUCCCUUCUGAUAUUCCAGGACCUGGCUGUGUUCUGACGCUGCCCCGCUGUGUUCUGGGGCUGCCCUCUUCAGGUCCCCGUCCUGUUCCCCCUCCCUGCGCCCGACCCCAAAACUGUACAAUCUGGGAACAGGAGAGCCAUGCCCGCUGGUGCUUUCCUCCUGGCUGCAGGGGCAGAUCUGAUGGAACAGGGCUGAGCUGGGAGCAGCCUGUAUGACCGCAGCCCGGGACGUGGAGAGUGAGGAAGCCCGGCGACUGCUAGUGUCCGCGCUAAAAGGCUGCGAACACACCAACGCGUCCAGUUUUGAAGCAGAGAGUCACGUCGCCCAGCUGUUUGGAAGUGGAGGGACCGGUUUCAUAGGUUCACAGUCCUCCUUUUUCUAGGAACUUGGCUCAGAGAACGAGCUCAUCUACUGUAGGCCUGGCCUGGGUUGCUUCCUUUGAAACUCAGAACAUCAGCCACAGCACAGCAUGGAAUUUGCAGAAAGGUCUUAUUUCGAAACAUCAUAGAGAACAAGAGCCACCGGGACUUGUGCGGGGGAGGUUGCACCGGCCUGCGUCUGAGGGAGAGGAUCAUGUGUGCCCAGCCUGUAACGAACGCAAAGGAAGCCAAGUGGCAGAAGGUCUUGUAUGAGCGCCAGCCCUUUCCUGAUAACUACGUGGACCGGCGUUUCCUGGAGGAGCUCCGGAAGAACAUCUACGCCCGGAAAUACCAGUACUGGGCUGUGGUAUUCGAGUCCAGCGUGGUGGUCCAGCAGCUGUGUAGUGUCUGCGUUUUCGUCGUUAUCUGGUGGUAUUUGGAUGAGGGUCUUCUGGCCCCGCAGUGGCUUUUUGGGACUGGGCUGGCUUCUUCACUGAUUGGCUAUGUUUUGUUCGAUCUCAUCGACGGCGGUGAAGGACGGAAGAAGAGCGGGAGGACGCGGUGGGCUGACCUGAAGAGCGCCCUCGUUUUCAUUACUUUCACAUAUGGUUUCUCGCCAGUGCUAAAGACCCUGACGGAGUCCAUCAGCACCGACACCAUCUAUGCCAUGUCGGUCUUCAUGCUCUUAGGCCACCUCAUUUUCUUCGACUACGGUGCCAAUGCUGCCAUCGUAUCCAGUACCCUGUCCUUGAACAUGGCCAUCUUCGCUUCCGUCUGCCUCGCGUCACGCCUGCCCCGGUCCCUGCAUGCCUUCAUCAUGGUGACGUUUGCCAUCCAGAUUUUUGCCCUGUGGCCCAUGUUACAGAAGAAACUGAAGGCGUGCACUCCCCGCAGCUACGUGGGAGUGACGCUGCUUUUUGCGUUUUCAGCCUUGGGAGGCCUCCUGUCCAUCAGUGCUGUGGGAGCCAUCCUCUUCGCCCUUCUGCUGGUUUCCAUCUCUUGUCUCUGCCCUUUGUACCUCAUUCGCCUGCAGGUUUUCAAAGAAAACAUUCAUGGGCCUUGGGAUGAGGCUGAAAUCAAAGAAGACUUAUCCCGGUUUCUCAGCUAAGUUAGAGACUCGCAUUCUGUUAGGAAGGCAGGCCGCUAGACUGGCCUCCCAGUGAGUGUAGGAUUUGAAGGCAGAGUCCCAUUCUGGAUGCAACGGACCGAUGCGGGUCGGGGAGCGGAGAUCAAAAGAAAAACCUGUAACCAAAGGCAUGGGUGGUGAAGGUGCUUGUCCCUUCUGUUAUUUUGUGGAUGAAGAAGCUUCCUGGGGCCUUCUUGAAUUCUUGCUUCUCACUCACUGUAACAAAUGAAGUCAUGUGGUUUCUAUUUAUUGAAAAAAAAAAAAAAUAACACACCCAUUAA